AUGGAGCACGGUGGUGUCCGAGAGCUCGACUUGAGCAACUGUGCACCCAGCCUCAUGGCCGACAGAGUUGGUGUUGCCCCGGGCCUGCGAUGCAGUGCUGCGUUCUUCACCUUCCUUCGCGCCAACCUCGUUCUCACGCCAUCGGCCAUCUCCUCCCCAGGCAACACCCCGUAUCUCGAGCCCUACUCGCCUCAGCUCCCGCCGUACCACCAACUCGUCAACCGCCACCACCACCUUCAGCAGCAACAUUCCCGACUCUCUUCUGCUACUGUUCCGACCCCUUCUCCGCUUGCUACGCAACAACGCUCUGCUCGACACCAGUAUGUCGACGAUGAUGUGCCCCCUCUCUCGCUCGACACCUUGUCUACGUCCGAUGAAAAGGUCGAGGGUCUCCGCCUCGUCGCCGACUCAGUCGCCCAGAUGAGACCCCGUGCCGCCCGCAUUCUCGCCCGGCACCCACUCUUCCUCGCCGCCCUUGCCUCCGCCUGGGCCCUCGUUUACGGGUUCGUCCACGCGUCCCGUGGGGGUAGCGCCGGACUCGCUUUUCCGCUUGCUUGCGUCGCCAUGGCUGCAUACCUGCUUGCCAUACGAUUUUGUACGGCCAGCUAUGACAAGCUCGCAAGGAGCAUCGACAUCGCAUGGCUACAGAAUCCGUCCAGCAGCGGCCAUGAAGACGUCGUCUUGGGUGCACGCCGUGGCGGCAAGCUCGUUGGUGCGCUUGUCCUACGAAUUGAGCCUCGCCUUGGGACUUCCCCCACUGGCAACUCUUCCUCCAACGGGUCCUACGCCUACCAGUACUAUCAUCGUCGCAAGAACCGCAGCCGCAGCGCCAGCUUUCGCGGUGGCCGGGGUGUCAUCCGCGCAUGGACAACCCUACAAGGGCACCGUGGCGAGGGUGUUGGUCGCGAGCUCCUGCACGCAGCGGUGCGUCGGACGCGAGACGUGUGUGGGCGCGAUGCCCAGGUCGGCUUCGCCAAGGAACACGCCAACAGUGUCAUGUUCUUGCCCGAGAUCUUUACGGCCCCGUUCAAGCACGACGAACGCCGGGCUGCAGAGGCGCUUAAUGCAGUGGUUGACGAGUGGGAUGCGUCUAGGCGAAAGAAGAGGUGA